GGUCACACUGCUGCUUGUAAACACGUGCAGUUGCAAUGGGAAAAGUCCGGAAAGUGAAGACACGGACGCCCUCCGGCGUGGACACGUCGGCGGAUCUGGAGCAUGUCCUGGGCUUGGAAGCGGAGGGCGUGGCGGAGGGCUGCGGGCCCAUCGAGGCGAUCUGCGUGCACCUGCAGCGAACGGAUGUGGAGGACAAGCUGAACGGACUGCACUCCUUCGCCGUGCUGGCGCUGCGCAAGGAGAAGGUGCGCGAGAUUUGUGGCAGCGAGCUGGUCCGGAUUGCGGCCCCCCUGCUAUGCGACAAGGAGAGCGCCAUCCGGAACGCGGCGGCGGGGGCCUUCCGGAACCUUUCUGUUUUUGGCACGGAGGUGUGCGACUUCCUCGUGGAAAACGACAUAAUGACCGCCCUGCUGACUCUGAUCCGGGGCUACGACCUGACCAAAAAUGGCUUUGAGAACGAACUACAAGCGGACACCUUCCUGCAGGCGAUUCAUCUGCUCCGGAACUUGUGCGAGAGCUCGCCAACAGCCACAGAAGCCUUCAAUCAGGCAAACUUCCUUCCCAGCCUGCUUAUGGGCUUCGAUUACCGAAAAUUCGGACUGGAAAUUGCCAUUUCGGUGGCCCAACUGGUGUUGGUGGUGUCCGAGAACAACUCCAGCUCAUGGAACGUCCUGGCCGGCAGUAGCGCGCUACCAGAACUCCUUAGUGUUCCGGCAGAGAGCCACGCACAACUUUACCUUAACGCCCUGGCCGCUGGUAUAUUAUGCAACGUGCCCGCCUGCUCAGCAGCCCACACCCGGGAGAUCCUGACCAGUCUAGACAAACUGCUCACCAUCGAUCCGCAGGCUCAGCUGUUGAGUUGUAAAAACGAGAUACUGAAUGCCAAAUCGAACAAUGAGGCACCAGUGCUGGAAAUCUCAAUGGAAACCGAGGAGAUGACGGAAUCCCAGAGCGCCAAUCCGUCCAAACCUAACCAAUGCGAUGCUGACGUGACACUCAAGAACCUGGAGCACUUGCUUGACGCCCAACGACUGGUGGCUGAGAUUGUCACGAACUUGGGAUCCAGCGAUGAACAGAGCAACUGGGAUACGGACAGCGAGCAGUCUGAGACCGAGAUCGUGGCAGAUUACGACAUGGAAGACGAUCCAGUUGACAGCGGUGCGGGUGGAUUGCCCGCCAACUUCUUGGAGACUAUCAAACAAAACAAGGUGGUCGAGAAGCUUUGGCAAAAAGCACAGCCUUUGGAUCCAGCUUUGGAGAAACUUCUGUUCCAGCAGGACAAUAUCAAGGAGAAAGUGGUUAAAUUACGAGUGUCCUAUUUGAUUUGUCUCCAGAACCUAUGUAACGUGCUGGCUGCAGAAGAUUUGGGCGGCUACAGUGAGGUCUACAAUAUGUGGAUGAACUUGGGUCAGCAAGCCUUUAAGGGAACCGAAAAUGUAGAUGUACUGGAGGCUAUCACCUCGCUGAUGCGCUCCUCACUGAGUUUGCUUAAGUCGCGCAGGGAUCUCUUUAGUCAGAUGACCGAAAACGACCUGAACAUGAUUAUCGAGGGAGCCAGCAACUGCACGGAUUUGAAUAUCCGGGUUAACUGGAACCGGAUGCUGGGUACUCUGGGCUCCCUCCUCUCGGAGCCACUGGUUAAGGUUAUAGUGCAAUUUCUGUUGACUUUGUGUGCCAAGGAGGAGGAUCUGUGGGCCUUGUCCGAAGGACUCGAUGCUCUUAUGGACAUUUUUGCAGUGGACGACUGGCCGCAGAUCAUCGCGGAGCUGGAGAUGUGCGAUCGGGUGCAAGCCCUGGAGGAAUCGUUCAAGGCAAAGCUGCGCCAACAGCGACGUGAACUGAAGGAGAGACGAGCCACCAUCUACACAGUAAAAACCAAUUUUUCACGCUUCGUCUCGUAUCUGAGCAAGAACUGUAAACAAUAAAAUUAACCUGACGACAAGUAAA